AUGUUCCACAGCAGCACAGACGAGGUGACCCCUGGUGGUGACUCCCCAGACUCCUGUCGACGGUCCAUGGUUGGGACAUCGACCUGGAGUGGCUUAAAUACUAACACCUCCUACGGUCCACAUUCAGCCUCGUCAAAUUCAUCCCAUCUGAGCGGAGAGGGUGCCAGCUCCAGCUCCAGCUCCAGCUCCAGCCAUGAUCUGUCAUAUCCAAGAAUGGCCACACUAGGUCACCUCCUUCAAAACUGCAGAUCUCGCCAUCCAGAUCCAUCCGUCCUGGCCACAGACAGUACCUCUACUUACAGUCGAGGAGAUACACCAAGGCUUAGAACCCCAAGAACUGCCAGAACACCGCAGGCUGACUAUACCGGUAGUUCCUCUGCAACAUCAGCUACCGGGGCAUCUGUGAUCGUGGCUGUGGUGGAGGGACGUGGCCUGGCGAGAGGGGAAAUCGGCAUGGCAUGUCUCGACCUGAAAUGUCCUGAGCUCAUCCUAUCUCAGUUUGCAGACACGGGUACUUAUGCCAAGGUUAUAACAAAAAUUCAUAUUCUUGUGCCAUUUGAGAUACUGAUGCCAGACACAGCGAGCGAAAAAGGAAAAGGCACAAAGCUUUUCAACCUGAUCACUGAGAAUUUCUCGGGAGUAGGCUUUACAUCUAUUCAGAGGAAGUACUUUAACGAACGAAAAGGCCUGGAGUACAUUCAACAGCUGUGUGCUCCGGAAUACAGCACAGUCCUGAUGGAAGUGCAAGCUAAGUACUACUGUCUGGCUGCAGCUGCUGCUCUGCUCAAAUACUUGGAGUUCAUUCAGAAUUCUGUGUAUGCCCCAAAGUCCCUCAAAGUGAACUUCAAAGGGAGUGAGCAGACAGCGAUGAUCGACACGGCAUCUGCCACCAAUUUAGAGUUGGUCGUCAAUAACCGAGAUCACAGGAGUGAUCAUACACUAUUUGGAGUUCUUAACCACACAAAAACAUCUGGAGGGGCGAGAAGGCUGCGAUCCAACAUUCUGGAGCCUCUGGUUGACGUCGAUACCAUAAACAUACGCCUGGACAGCAUACAAGAAAUGUUACAAAAUGAAGAGCUCUUCUUUGGUUUAAAAAAUGCCAUAGGUCAUUUCCUUGACAUCGACCAGCUGCUUUCUGUUCUUGUUCAAAUCCCCAAACAGGAAACUGUUCAAGUAGCUGAAGCAAAAAUCACACAUGUAAUUCAGCUCAAGCAUUCGUUGGAUCUGGUGCCACGUUUGAGGGCCGUUCUGAAAGAGUGCAACACUGCAUUGCUAAAGGCAUACAGCGCCUCACUGGAAGACAGCAGAUUUGACCUAAUCCUGGAACAGAUCAAGACUGUGAUCAAUGACGACACGACAUAUCUCAAAGGGAGUCUAAACAUGCGCACUCAGAAAUGCUACGCAGUGAGGCCAAACAUCAACGAGUUCCUGGACAUUGCACGCAGAGCUUACACUGAAAUAGUGGACGACAUUGCUGCACUUGUGAGCCAGAUGGGAGAAAAAUAUGGUUUGCCGAUGCGUACAAGUUUCAGCACUGCCCGUGGAUUUUUUAUCCAAAUGAAGCUGGAUGGAAUGGUCUUGCAAGAUGGGAAACUUCCUCCAGAGUUCAUAAAAGUAACCAAGCAAAAGAACCACUACAGCUUCAUGACGGCAGACUUGAUAAAGAUGAACGAUCGCUGUGAUGAGGCUCUGAGGGAGAUCUUUCAUAUGUCAUACGUGGUGAUUUGCCAGUUACUGAGCUCUGUCUAUGAACACAUCCACUGCCUGUACAAGCUGUCUGAUGCUGUGUCCAUGCUUGACAUGUUGCUGUCACUCGCAAACGCAUGCACCAUCUCAGACUAUGUGCGUCCAGAGUUCACCGAUACCUUGGCCAUCAAACAGAGCCGUCACCCUAUUCUAGAGCGCAUCUCCGGACAGCAGCCGGUGUCAAACAAUACCUACAUCUCUGAGGGCAGCAACUUUGUCAUUAUAACAGGGCCCAACAUGAGCGGAAAGUCCACCUAUCUCAAGCAGGUGGCGCUGUGUCAGAUCAUGGCCCAGAUCGGAUCAUUUGUGCCUGCUGAGUAUGCAUCUUUCAGAGUGGCUGACCAAAUAUUUACUAGAAUAGGUGUGGAUGACGACUUUGAAACUAGUUCUUCCACAUUCAUGAUGGAGAUGAAAGAGGUUUCCUACAUAAUACACAACGUCAGUGACAAAUCACUCAUAAUCAUCGAUGAACUGGGUCGAGGCACAAGUGCUGAAGAAGGGAUCGGCAUCUGUCACUCAGUUUGUGAGUUCCUCUUGAACCUGAAGGCAUUCACUCUGUUUGCAACCCAUUUCCUGGAGCUUUGUCAACUGGAGUCUAUGUAUCCUAAUGUGGAAAACCAGCACAUGGAGAUUCAACACACGCGCAACGCUGAAACUGGUGACGAGAACGUGGUCUUCACAUACCUGAUAAACAGAGGGCGAUCUGAAGAACGACAUUACGGCCUCAAAGCAGCUGAAAUGACUGCACUUCCUUCAGCCAUUGUUCAUGAAGCCAAGACAAUUGCUUCAAAUGUCAGCCAGCAACUCACGGCCAAGCAACAAAGUGAUCCUGAGACACAGAUUCAAAGAGCAGAGUACCACUUGGCAACCCGCCUUCUACAGACUGCAAGAAAUUCGAGACUGGACCCUGGAAGUCUGCGGACAACUCACUCAAGCUACAGAAUGGCGGUGGAUAUCUACGACUCCCAGUACCUGCUCAUCCUGGCCCCUUCCCUGGUCAUUGCCCUCAUGUUUCUCUUCUUCUGGCUCUUCAUGAAAGAGACCUCCUACGAUGAGGUUCUGGCCAAGCAGAAACGAGAUCUGAAAGUGCCACCUGCCAGGCCGGACACUCGCAAGAAAACUGACAAGAAGAAGGGCAAGAAGAAGGAGAGCGCUGCCGUGGGAGGCGGCGGGGGAGGUGACUCUGAGGAGGAGGGGAGAGAUUUUGACUUAGUUGAGGGCGCCAACAGCUCCUCUCUGGAAAUGGACGAGGAACCGAUAAUUCAACUCAAAGCCGAGCCGGCCGUUCACACCUCUGCCGCCUAUGUGGCCCCAGUGUCAGCCGAGCCUCCAGCUGGUGUGAGGGAGAGGAAGAAGAACAAGAAGGCCAAGGCGGCGGCUGCUGCUGCGGCUGCAGCCGCAGCUGUAUCUCUGACAACAGCAGACGAGCCAGAAGUGAACGGCACCAAACCAGUCAGCACCAAGGGCGAAGCCUCUCUGACCGAGACUAUGGAGUCCAGCCCGCCAUCUCCCCUCGUUAACGCUGAGGUGCAACUGCAGGCUGCAGCUCCAGUCCAGGCUCAGCAAACUCCUCCUCCAAGCUCUGGGAAGAAGAAGAAGAAGCAGAAAGUCGAGCCCGCACCAGUGGAUGACCAGCAGCAAGAAGCUAAACCAGAGCAGCAGGCCCCAGUUCCAGUUAAAAAGGAAGCUCCCAUUGUGGCUGAAACCAAAGCUGUGGACAUGGCCCCCCCACCUGCCACCGGUGGAAAAAAGAAGAAUGCGAAGAAGCAGAAGACUGAACCUGUGGAGGAACCUCUGAGCGAUGCCCCCAUCAACCACCAGGCAACCAAUAAUGACAACAUCCCACCACCCAAGAGCAGCAGCAAGAAGCAAAAGAACGAGGCAGAUAAAGAGAACGCAGUGAUGAAGCUUAAGGAACUGCUCUCCGGUUUGUCCAGUCUGGCACUGUCCGACACAGAGGUUGUCAGUGUGUUGUCCCUUCUUGGACAGAAGAGCCCGAAUGCAGUCAAUGCUUGGCACAAGACUGCCUCCAGGCCCGACCCAGCCGAACAGGAGCGAGAGAGGCUUUUUAACACACUCCAAGAAGAAUCAUCUAUUGCAAAGGACAAAGUGAAACAGCUUAGCCAGGAGCUCCAGGUGGAAAAGCAGAAAACCGGCCGUGUGGAAGCAAUGAUGAGAGAGCAGCGUGCAGCCAUGGAGAAAGAGCUGGGGGGUAUGCAGGCCAAGGCCCAGGGCAGCUACCAGGAGCUCCAGUCUAUGCAGAUAAAGUUUCAACAGGUGCGCGAGCAGCUGGAGACGCAGAUCACCAGACUGCAACAGGAGAACGGCAUCCUGCGUGACGCCGUCAGCUCUGCCACAAACCAAAUGGAGAGCAAGAAUUCUGCCGAGCUAAACAAGUUGCGCUCCGAAUACACGAGCAUGAGGAAUGAACUUGCAGAAAACAAGAACAAGCUCCAGCAGGAGGAGCACCAGAGGGUGUCACUGGAGGUCAGCUACAAGCAGAACGUGUCCCAGCUGGAGGCUCAACUUCAAGACACAAAACGGCGAUGGGAGGAGUUGCAGAACUUCCUUCACAGUGUCAGCUCGGACAGAGAAAAACUGCAGGCCUCGAACCAAGAGCUCCACACUCAGCUGCUUUCAGCGGAGACGGAGAUGAACAACAAGAACAAGGAGAUCCAGAACUUGCACGGGAGCCUGACCGACGCCAUGGUGUCCAAGGAGGGUCUAGAGCAGAAGGUCAUGGGGCUGCUGGAGCAAUCUCAACAAUGCACCACGGACGACUCUAUGCAAGGCCGUGUCCAGGAUCUUGUUAACGAAAACAAAACUCUACAAGUCCAAAUCGAGAUGCUGCAAGCUCAAAACGCCACACAGGCCACCCAUGUCGCCCAUAUGGAGGAGCUGCAGAAGCUAUUGGCCGAUAAAGAGUUGCAGAGGAAAAGCCUGGAGGAUAAUCUCAACGCAGAGAGGAGCAGCGGAGCAGGCCGAGAAACAGACAUGCAGACGCUGCACAAUGAGAACGUGGCGCUGAAGGCGGAGCUACAGAAUCUGCAGGCACAGAUUUCUGAGCAGACGGCUUCUCAGAUGACUUUGGAGCAGAUCCAAAAGAGUGUCCAAGAGAAGGAGGAGAGUAUGAAAACUGUUGAGGGCCUACUGGAGAAGGGACUGAUCCAAGUGGCGAACAAAGAGGAGGAACUGAAGGCUUCACGAGAAGAGUCCGAGACACUAAAGCAGGAGAUAAAUUCACUGAAGAAGCAGUUGGAAGAGUCAUCUUCGGAAUCCAUAGUACAAGAUUAUCAAAGCCAGAUUCAGGAACGGGAUCAGAAGGUGCAGUCCCUACAGGAGACUCUUCAGGCAACACAAGCCAACUGUUCAACUCUACAAAAUAGAGCAGAGUCACUGGACCAGACGCUGGCAGGCAUGCAGGCAGAUUUAGAGCAGCUCAGACAAAAGCAGACCUCAGAGCAGUCCACCGAUUGUAGUUCCCAGCUCCAGGACCUCCAGCAGCAACUGGUGGAAAAGGAUCGAGAGAUCCAGGGACUUGAAGCUGAGCUCGAGUCCAGAACAAAAGACUUGAGUGAGAAGCUGGAGAUGCAACAGCAGUCGACCACAGCAGUGCCAAACCCAGCACUUCUUGGAGAGUUGUCUGAAAAAGAGAAGCAGAUAAUAGAUCUGCAGGGAGAACUGGCUGAGAUGAGGGACUCUGUGGAGCUUCACAGAAGGAAGAACAAUGAGCUUCGGGAGAAAAACUGGAGUGCAAUGGAAGCUCUGUCCUCCACCGAGUCCAUGCUUCAAGAGAAACUCAACAAAACUGCUAAGGAGAGCGAUGCAGCCCUGGCAAUGUGUCGAGAUGUUCUGCACAGACUCCUGCCCCAUGUGCCUCUGCCUUCUGAGCAGAAUCACCAGGAAUGGUUUUGCCAGUUUGAAAAGGCGGCAUCAGAAGCUCCAGCCGCACAAACCACCCCUGUAUCAGGGGACUAUGAGGAACUGACUGAAAAACUGAAAGAAGCUGAAGAAGGCCAAAAGAUUCUUAAAAAAGACUGUGAGACUUACAAGAAGGUGUUGGCAGAAACCGAGGGCAUCCUGCAGCGCCUGCAGAGCAGUGUUGAGAAUGAAGAGUCCCGCUGGAAAGUGAAGCUGGAAGCGUCACAGGGAGAGCUGAGAGAGAUGAGCCAAAAAGCAACGGAGCUGGAGCAAGAGAUUGAAAGACUAACUGAAGGAGGGGAGCUUGAUAAUCUGAGACGGGAGAAGCAGCACUUGGAAUCUGAGUUGGAGCGAGCGGAGCGUGAGAGUGCCACUUACGUGACAGAAGUCCGAGAGCUUAAAGAUCUGUUGACUGAAUUGCAGACCAGACUAGAUGGUUCAUAUACAGAGGCCAUCAGACAAAAUGAAGAGCUGAGUUUGUUGAAAACCAGGCUCACAGAGACUCUCUCAAAACUGGAGACUGAGGAGAAUGAGCGGCAGAGGGUGGCAGCUAAUCUCUACAAGGCUCAACAGUCUGUGGAUCUGAUCCAGGGUGAACUGUCCAAAGUGUCAGAUAAUGCGGAUGAGCUGAUUGAGAACAGCACUAUCUCAUCACAGAAUGAGGAAACUGAAAGAAAGGAAAAAAUGGCCGCAGGAUUAAACCAAACGGUAACGGAGCUGCAGCUUCUGCUACAAGCUGUAAGCCAGCAGCUCUCCAAGGGACAGGAAGGAGGGGCAGACAAAGAUUUGCCUGAGUUGUAG